AUUGAAAAAUUUUUAAAAGCUAGUUGUGUUUAUUGUUUAACUAUAAUAUUCAAAUUGGAGGUAAUAAAUUUUUGUGUAAAUAAUGUUCCAGUAUGUAGUUACUAAAAUUACAUCACAUGAAUAUGGACAGAAUCCAAAUCUUAUUAUACAUGGAAAAAUAAUAACAAAAUAUGGACCCUGCUUACUUGCAAUUACUGAUGAAGAAAAACUGUGCUUUGUAUACUUCUGUGAAGAUUAUAAUUUAGGCUUCAAAGAAUUGAAAAACAUUUAUCCUCUAUCAAAUUAUACUCUUAAUGAUCAAAUUAUUGGCAGGUUUGUUCAUUACUUUGAAAUGAAUGCAACUGGCAUUAUUCACUUGCAACUUAAAGGUACUAAUUUUCAAAUGAAAGUUUGGGAAUAUUUACUAAGCAUUCAGAGAGGAUCUACAGUUUCAUAUGAAGAAGUAGCUAAAGGUAUUGGUAAUCCUAGAGGGUCUAGGGCUGCAGCAAACGCGAUAUCUAAAAAUAAUAUUGCUUAUUUUGUUCCAUGUCAUAGGGUGAUUAGUAAAAAUCAUAAUCUUAAUAAAUACAGAUGGGGGGUAGAAAUAAAAAAAUUGAUAUUGUGUGAAGAAAUGAUGAACUCUUUCAAGAAUUAGGAAAAAAGGCAACUUCAGAGAAGUGAAUGAAGCUAUUAAAAUAUUUAUAAUUUGUUUUGUUACUUCUGGUAACUUUUUAUUUAAGAAUUCUACUGA